AUGGCGGUUGACCUAGCUAAGUCAAAAUUCUCUUACAUAAACUGCGUUGUUAAUUGUGCUGGCGUUGGGAUCACUAGAAAAACAAUUGCAAACUCCACCAAAGAUCCCCAUGAUCUGGGAGAAUUCGAACGUGUAAUAAAAGUAAAUACCAUUGGAACCUUCAAUGUUAUUCGACUGGCUUCCCUGGCGAUGGCCAAGAACGAACCUGAUGAAGAUGGGCAACGUGGUGUGAUUGUUAACACAGCCAGUGUAGCAGCUUUUGAUGGUCAGGUUGGGCAGGCUGCUUAUUCCGCCAGCAAAGGGGCAGUCGUUAGCAUGACACUUCCGAUCGCUCGUGACCUUUCUCGCCACGCAAUUCGCUGUGUAGCCAUAGCACCAGGGCUUUUUGAGAGCACCCUGUUAUUUGGCGAUCGUCAAGUCCAACCAGAUGUUCUGAAUUAUAUAAACGACAUACAACUGGCGAUUAAUCGACAGGGUCGUGUGCACGAAUUCGCGGACGCUGUCAUUACCUGUUUGACUGACACCAUGCUUAACGGCGUGUCAUUCCGAUUGGACGCUGGGGGCCUCUUCGAUACCCCGAUGGUCGAAGCGCUUCCCAAGGGAGUUGUCAGUCACCUUGUGAAGUGCGUCCCCUUCCCUAGCCGAUUGGGUCGUCCUGAAGAGUUUGCUCACCUCGUCUGCUCUGUCAUCGAAAAUAGGAUGCUCAACGGCACUACUAUUCGGCUAGACGGAGCUCUCCGUAUGCCCCCUUAA